CACCUCCCCCUUCUCCGUACGGCUCCACCCUCCUCCUCAUUCUACACCAACCCUUUCUUCUCUCUCUCUCUCUCUCUCUCUCUCUCUCCAUGGACUCGUCGCCUCCCUCGCGCUCGGGUUAGGGUUUCCUCUGGCGAUCGGCGACCAUGUCGCAGAACGGGAAGCUGAUGCCCAACCUCGACCAGGAGAGCACCAAGGUGCUCAACCUCACCGUGCUCCAGCGGAUCGACCCCUUCGUGGAGGAGAUCCUCAUGACCGCGGCGCACGUCACCUUCUACGAGUUCAACAUCGAGCUCAAUCAAUGGAGUCGGAAGGACGUGGAGGGAUCGUUGUUUGUCGUUAAGAGGAAUACACAGCCUAGAUUUCAGUUCAUUGUCAUGAACCGACGAAAUACAGAUAAUCUGGUGGAGGAUCUAUUGGGAGAUUUUGAGUAUGAAGUCCAAGUUCCAUAUAUAUUAUACAGAAAUGCAGUGCAAGAAGUUAAUGGAAUAUGGUUCUACAACUCUCUUGACUGUGAAGCCGUUGCAAAUCUUUUCAGUAGGAUACUCAACGCAUAUUCAAAGGUUCCUCCAAAACCCAAAGUAUCGACAAACAAAAGUAGCGAGUUUGAGGAACUGGAAGCUGUGCCUACUUUGUCUGUGAUCGAAGGCCCUCUAGAACCACCAACAACGGCUACCUCUACAGCUGUUCCAGAUGCGCCUGAUGACUCCUUUGUGAACUUCUUCACUGCGGCUACAAAUAUUGGUAAUGCAUCAAACUCAGCAAAUGCUGCACCAUUGAAUGUUGCACCUAAACCUGCCCCUACUAUCCCUUUAUCUACCCACCCACCGGUUGCCGCUCCCUCACCAAUGCCACCAGUCCAGCCUUCCCCUCCUCUCCAGCCCUCAUCCACUCCUCUAAUGCCCCUUCUUGACACUACACUUCAUGAAUCUGUAAAAACUGGCAGCAGCAGUAGCAGCCGUCCUGCGGAUCUCGUAAAGCCUUCUUUUUUCUCUCCCAUUCCACCUGCAUCUUCUGCUCAUCUGAUGAUGCCGCCCAUGAUGUCACCGUCGAUGCCAACCGCCCCUCCGCUCCACCCUCCCGUGACCAUGCAGCGGCCGCCGCCGUAUGGCACUCCUUUGCUUCAGCCCUUCCCACCUCCUGCCCCAUCACCAUCCCUCACCCCGGUCCAUGGAGGUCCUGUUAUCACAAGAGACAAAGUUCGUGAUGCAUUGAAUAGGCUUGUGCAGAAUGAUCAUUUUGUGGACAUGGUAUAUAGGGAGAUUCUGAGUGCGCAUUAUUCAUGACUCAAGACGGAGGGGAUUUUCCUCUCCAAAUAUGCUGUGUUCUGUUCAGGCCAGAGUUUAUUUAGUGACUAUAUAGGGUCUCUGCUUAAUUGUAUAUUGUGCGGAAGUUGUAUGGCUUUUACUUACCGGACCUUUUUGUUUUCUUUUGUUCUCCCGUCUGUAAAUGGUAAAAACCAACUGUUUGAUAUGGUCUGAAUUGAGGGGUAUUCCGAUUUUGCAUAAAGAGCUUUUGUUUGCCGGUUGUGUU